AUAGUAACAUGAAACACAAGGGGAUGGGAGUCGUGAUAGAACCCGGGAGUGUGAGCGGGAGGCGAGCGCGGACUCCUCUUCUGACAGCAGGACUUGGGCUGAGCCAGGAACAGAUGCCGUGAAAAGCUGUUAGAAAGUCAAAAUUGCUGGAAGUUACAGCAUUUGUGAAAGAGGUCCAAAAUGCCACACAUCGACACAGACAUUAAGUUGGACUUCAAGGAUGUCCUCCUGAGACCCAAACGGAGCACCCUGAAAUCCCGCAGUGAGGCUAGGCUUGAGAUAGGAGGUAGGUGCGGAGCAGAGUCCUGUUGUUCCCCGAGUGACCCCUGCAUGGCAGCCCUGUUAAAAGACAUCUCGGUUCUGGAAUUGGGCCAGCAUUUUUUCUCUGCCCUGCUCCCUGAGAAUUGGAGAGACUACAAACUGGACUUUGUGCAGGUGGAUCUCAUGAGGUCUUUUGUGUUCCGGAAUUCCAAGCAGAUGUACACUGGGAUCCCCAUCAUUGCUGCCAACAUGGAUACCGUGGGCACCUUUGAGAUGGCCAAGGUGCUUUGCAAGGUAGGGUGGUUGUUUGGGGACUCUUGAUAACCCUGUGCUGUGUGAGGGAAAUUUGCCUGUCCCACUUGGUACCGUAAUGUGCCCCAUGGCGCAGAGUGGUAAGCGGCAGUACUGCAGUCAAAGCUCUGCUCAUGACCUGAGUUCGAUCCUGGUGGAAGGUCUUUUGUGUUCCGGAAUUCCAAGCAGACGUACACUGGGAUCCCCAUCAUUGCUGCCAACAUGGAUACCGUGGGCACCUUUGAGAUGGCCAAGGUGCUUUGCAAGUUCUGUCUCUUCACAGCUAUCCAUAAACACUACAGCCUGGAAGAGUGGAAGGAGUUUGCAGCCCAGAAUCCAGAGUGCCUCCAGAACGUGGCGGCCAGUUCAGGCACCGGGCCCUCUGACUUCGAGCUGCUGGAGCAGAUCCUAGAGGCAGUGCCCCAGGUUCGCUACAUCUGCCUGGACGUGGCCAAUGGCUACUCGGAACACUUUGUCCAGUUCCUGAGGGAUGUGCGGAAACGCUUUCCUGACCACACCAUCAUGGCUGGGAACGUGGUGACAGGGGAGAUGGUGGAAGAGCUUAUCUUGUCAGGAGCCGACAUCAUCAAAGUUGGCAUUGGACCAGGCUCGGUUUGUACCACUCGGAAGAAGACGGGCGUGGGUUACCCCCAGCUCAGUGCUGUCAUGGAAUGUGCCGAUGCAGCCCACGGUCUCAACGGGCACAUUAUCUCGGAUGGAGGCUGCAGCUGUCCGGGGGACGUGGCAAAGGCUUUUGGCGCCGGUGCAGACUUCGUCAUGCUGGGGGGCAUGCUGGCCGGGCACACCGAAUCGGGGGGGGAGCUGAUCGAGAAGGGGGGCAAGAAAUACAAGAUGUUCUACGGCAUGAGCUCGGAGGUGUCGAUGAAGAAGUAUGCCGGGGGUGUUGCUGAAUACAGGGCCUCUGAGGGGAAGGUGGUCGAGGUGCCGUUCAAGGGGGACGUGGAGCACACCUUGCGGGACAUCCUGGGGGGCAUCCGCUCCACGUGCACCUAUGUGGGGGCUGCCAAGCUGAAGGAGCUGAGCCGCAGGACCACCUUCAUCCGGGUCACCCAGCAAGCCAACCCCAUCUUUGAUCAGGUGGACCAGCCCUGACCCAGCUCCUCAGGAAGCCGCUCUGGUAUCCAAGACCCCCACCUGCCUUUCGGGUUUCCAGGGGAGGCUGUCUGAAGGCCAGCCAGAAGGCCAGCAUCUUGGCGUUCCAGGAGGUGACCAGUUAAGCUCCCAAGCAAGGCAGAUGGGCUCUCCUCCCUCCGGCCCCUUUCACUCCGUGGAGAGACCAGCUGCCACUUCCCAUUCAUUCCAGGACACUCUGAUCCACCCCACCCCCCCACCCCCCGGGCCCAUGCUCCAGUUACUCAGGAGGGAAGAGGGGUGCGUCCGUGCAUGCCG